AUGAAUUACACAAAAUUUCAGAUUGAAACAAAUAUUAAUUAAAUAUAACCUAGUUAAGUGAAAUCGUAGAUCAAAGAAUCAAAUAGGUGGACUCUAUCAUUAUUAUAAAAGACAAAUUAAUUAUUAGUGGUAUAUUAUAUUUAAAUAAAAUAGAUCAAAGUGGCUGCUGAUUUAACAAAAUCUCCAUACUAUUUCUUAAGCAAACAAGCCAUAACGCAUAAAUAUUUGUCAUACAUUUAUAAAUAAGAAAAUUAACCAUUCUCGAAUAUUCCAAUUAAUUUUAUUACCAUUUUAUUUUUUUUCAAACUGAUAGUAUGGGACUUAAAUAAAAGAGUUAAAAUACUUGCUUAUAGAAAAAAAUAAAUCUAAAUCUCUGAUAUUUUACUUUAUUAAAAAGAGAGGAAUAUUGAAUAAUCAAAUUUUUUGUGUAGAUUUUUAAAUCAGAUAGUUUACAAUGUUUAAAAUUAGAAAAGAAAUAUUUUAUUUUUGGGAGAAUAAGAUGUUUGA